AUGUGGCUUUCUAUCAAAAAGCGCAAGAUAGAAUAUCUCGGCCACGUGCUCAGGAACGAUAGAUACAUGCUGCUGCAAUUGAUAAUGAUGGGCAAAAUGGACGGAAAGAGACCUACGAGCUCCUGGGAUCCUAUAAUUAUAUUCCUUGUGAUACAGAAGUUGGACCCGGAGUCUCACAAAGAAUGGGAGCAGACAGCUUAUUCAAAAUCAGAGGACGAACUACCAACUUGGGAGAAUUUAAAAGAUUUCCUGCAGUCAAGAUACCGUACCUUAGAACUUGUAUUGUCCGUGUCAGGGACUUGUAGCAGCCGUGACAAACCUGUAAGAGAACGUUCACACUUAGUCACUGCCACAGCUACCACGUCACAGCCAAAUGAAAGAACUUGCGUGCUCUGUAAAGAAAAGCAUACAUUAUGUCAUUGUAAGAAUUUUACCACACUGCAACCUACAAAAAGAGCUGAUUAUGUCAAGACCAAAAAUCUGUGUUUUAACUGUUUGGUGCCUGGGCAUUCUGCUUACCAGUGUAAGUUACAAAUGUCCUGUCGCCUAUGUAGAAGACGACAUCACACUCUUCUCCACCGCCAUCAAGACUCGGCACAAACUGAGGAAAGGAAUCAACCGAGUGCAUCUCACCACGGGGUAGAAGAGAAAGAAGAGGUUAUAAAUAGCAUGGUGGCGUCACAUCACAGUACUAAACAAAGCACAGCACUACUAGCCACAGCGAUGGUUUUAGCGAGGAACGAGCAUAACCAAACCGUUGUUCUUCGUGCGCUAGUAGACCAAGGUUCGCAGGCUUCAUUUUUAAGCGAGAAGGCGGCUCAAAUGCUCAAACUUAACAGGCAACCAGCAAGAGGAAGUAUCAUCGGGGUAGGAUCUACUAGGACUAACGUUGAUCACAUGGUUCAACUUAAGAUUGGCUCCCGCUGGAAUCCAAGCUUCGAAAUCAACAUACAAGCAUAUGUUAUGAGUAAACAGUUGACCACGAAGAUCCCCUCCAAAGCUGUAACUGUCACACAUUGGCCACAUCUAGAAGGACUCAACCUGGCAGAUCCAGACUACUUCCAACCAGGUUCUAUAGACUUACUUCUUGGUGUUAAAGAGUAUGCACAGAUUGUGCAACCAACACUUAUUAAGGGCCCUCCAGGUUCUCCGUGUGCCCAAGAAACUAACCUGGGGUGGAUCCUCUUCGGGGAAAUCGAUAAUAACCGUGAAAAUGAAUCAUUUCUGGUCCUUCAUCAUCAAGUCCAUAUAGAUCAUAUGUUGAAAUCCCUCUGGGAAAUUGACAAUGAUAAAAAGAGAAUAUUAACAAAGGAAGAAAAGCUAUGUGAAACAAUAUAUGAAAAAACACAUACGAGAAAUAGUGAAGGAAGAUAUCUAGUAAGGCUGCCAUUUAAUACAAAUAAUCCAAUUUCGACUGAAGGAAAUACGAAAGAAAUAGCUAGAAAAAGGUUACUUCAACUAGAAAGAAGAUUUAAGAAAGAAACUAAACUGAAAGAAGAUUAUACAAAGGUCAUGCAAGAAUACAUAAAAGCUAACUACAUGGAAGAAAUACCUAAGAAUGAAAUAAACAAGAAAAAAUCAGUAUACUUACCUCAUCACGCCGUGGUACACGCAGACAGAGAAACUUCUAAGACACGCGUAGUAUUUGAUGCUUCAGCGAAGGGCUCUAACUGCGUUUCUCUAAACGAUGAAUUGCUUGUAGGUCCGCAACUGCAAGAGGACUUAAGGAACAUACUUAUGAGAUCGAGAUUACAUCGUGUUUGCUAUGCAAGUGAUAUACAAAAGAUGUACCUGCAAAUAUUACUUUAUGAAGAAGACGCCGAUCGAUAUCAACGCCUUUUGUGGAGAGAGAAUGAUUCAGACCCGAUUAAAGAAUAUCGUAUGCUUCGUGUUACAUUUGGUACAGCGGCGGCCCCUCACCUGGCUGUAAGAACGCUUCACCAGGUAGCUGACGAUGAGGGUCGAAAUCAUCCAAUGGCUGUUCGAAUUAUUAAAGAAGAUUUUUACAUGGACGAUCUAAUGUCGGGGGAGAGCAGUGCUCCUGAAACCAUAAAGAGAGCACAAGAAGUAGAUAAUAUUCUACAGAAAGGUGGAUUUGUAUUAUCAAAAUGGUCAUCCAAUUCUGCUGAAUUUUUGAAAUCUAUCGAACCAAACAAAAGGACAUCUCGAGCACAGUUGGAUUUUAAAUUGGAUGGAAAAGUACAAGCUCUAGGUUUGAUCUGGAACCUGGGCACGGAUCAGUUUCAGUACAAGGUUAACUUACCAGCAAAGUCAAGCAGUAUUACAAAGAGAGGCAUACUAUCUGAUAUUCAAAGACUUUUUGACCCACUGGGAUGGAUCGCCCCUAGCUUAAUUUUGGCUAAGAUACUCAUACAAAGGCUAUGGCUAGAACCGAUUGGCUGGGAUGACGAGAUUAACCAAUCGCUGUUACACGAUUGGCUGACAAUUAGAGAAGACUUUGAACAUGUAAAAGAGAUAGGUAUUCCAAGAUGGCUAAACACAGUAAGCACACAGAUGGAAAACAUCGAGGUUCAUGGUUUCAGUGAUGCUUCCAUGAAAGCCUAUGCCGCGGUGGCUUACAUUCGUGUGAAGAGGGAAGAUGGUUCAGUAUUCACCAAUCUAUUAGCUGCCCGUACUAGAGUGGCACCACUCCGUACCGUGUCUCUACCACGCCUGGAGUUAUGUGGGGCGCUGUUAUUAGCAAGGUUACUUAAGCAAAUAGAAAAUGCAAUGCGUAUACCUACUUCUAACAUCUAUGCAUGGACAGAUUCAUCAAUUGUUCUUGCAUGGCUAUCUGGUGAUCCUCAUAGAUGGAAGACAUUCGUGGCGAACCGGGUCGUAGAAAUUGUAGAAAAUGUAAACACACACCGAUGGUUCCAUGUAGCUUCGGAAGAGAAUCCUGCAGACAUCGGGUCGCGGGGCAUGCUGCUGGCGGACUUGAAACAGAAAGAGUUAUGGUGGACAGGGCCCAAGUGGUUAUGCAAAAAAGAAAUAAUAUACAGUAAGCCAGGAAUAACAGAAACAGAAUUAGAAAUGAAAACAAUAAAAUUAAAUACUUACCACAAUGCAGAAGAACUAAAACCUUUAACCGCUCAGUUUGAAGAUUUUGAUACGUUACCAGAAUUACUAAAAACUAUUAUUUACUGUAAAAGAUUUCUAAGAUACAAAAGUAAUUUAAGUACGAGCAAGGAAAUAACUACACAAGAAUUAGAAGACGCGCUUAUCACAUGCAUUAAGUUAGUACAACAAGAAUUCAAAGAAGAAAUAGAUCGGCUAAGAGAUAAGAAACAAAUCAAAAUAUUGGAUCCUAAGGGCAAAAUCAAUAACAAAAUUAUGUCGUUUGCCGGUGGAUUCCACUCGGUGAAAGGUCAUCUUGUAAUUUUGUCAAGAUUCUCUACCAAUGUCACUGUAGCAAUAUUAUACUAA